AUGAAUUCAAAGGAUAAAAAACGUGCUGGUGGUGCUGCUAGAGAACGUGAAAAAAAUAAAAAACUUCUUUUAGAAUCAAGCAAGAAUUGUAAAAAACUUAAUUUAUUUUUUAAUUCAGCAUAUUAUGAAAAACAAAAUAGUGAAAAUCCCGUUAAAACUGAAGAACUAAGCUCAGGUACUUCCUUUCAUGAAAAUACUGAAAACAUAUCAAUGUCUGAAAAUGAUGACAUAGUUGAUUCUAAUUCUGAAGUUCUAUGUUCGACAUCUGAAAGUCCUCCAGUAGUAUUUAAUAAGUUUAUAAAGCCAAGUUCAACUGUUUUAUCUAAUUUCUUCAAGUACCACCCUUGUCAACCAAAAGAUCCCAGCCUCCCAUUCAAUUCAAAUAAGAUUUUUCUUCGAGAAAACGGAACAAAUCGUGUAUGGCUAACAUUUGAUGAAUCAUCAAAACAACUAUUUUGUUUAGUUUGUUCGGCUUUUGCUUCUGAAUCGAAUUAAUUUACUAAGGGGGUAUCUGAUUG